AUGGCGGUCAGUCAGUCCGUGGUUGGCCGCGCCAACGCGGAGAAGGCCCAUGGUUUGAUGGGUCUUCUGAAGAACCCGUUCGUCUUCUUGACCUGUUGCUUUGCAUCCCUGGGUUGUAUCAUGUAUGGUUACGAUCAGGGAGUGAUGGGCCCCAUUCUCGUCAUGGAGAACUUCCAGAACCACUUCCCACGCUUCCUGGGCUCUACUAUCCAGGGUUGGCUAGUCUCUGCUCUCGAGCUAGGAGCGUGGGCCGGUGCUCUUAUCAACGGAGUACUCGCUGACCGCAUUUCGCGAAAAUACGCCAUGAUGUGUGCUGUCUUCAUCUUCACCCUUGGUACUGGUCUACAGGCGGGUGCGCAGAAUCCCAAUUACUUCUUUGCCGGUCGUAUUAUCGGCGGUGUUGGCAUUGGUAUGUUCAGUAUGGUCAUUCCGCUCUACCAGGCCGAGAUUGCUCCCCCCGAGCUUCGUGGAUCUCUGGUCUCUCUGCAACAGCUCUCCAUCACCAUCGGUACCGCGAUUUCCUUCUGGCUCGACUACGGCAUGCAAUAUGUCGGCGGCACUACUUGCAACCCCGAGGGUAUCGCUAACCCCUACCUCGAUGGCGCCUAUAAUGCCGCUGUGAACCACGGUCAUACCUGCCUCGGCCAGAAGACUAUUGCCUGGCGUCUUCCGCUAGCCCUGCAGAUCAUCCCUGCUUGGAUUCUGUUCUUUGGCAUGUUCUGGUUCCCCUUCUCGCCCCGUUGGUUGAUGAUGAAGCACCGCGAGGACGACGCCCUCGCUUCUCUCUCGAGACUGCGCCGUCUUCCUGCCACCGAUCCUCACGUGCGCGCCGAGUUCCUUGAAAUUAAGGCUGCUGUUAUGUUCGACGAGGAGACUGAACAAGAGGCGGUUGGAGCUGGCGGGGCCCUAGCACCGUGGAAGGCUCUGUUUGCCCCGAACAUGCUGAAGCGUCUGUUCCUUGGCUGCGGUACCAUGAUCUGUCAACAGUUUACCGGUAUCAACGCCGUCCUAUACUAUGCCCCGCAGAUCUUUUCUAGCUUCGGUUUCAGCUCCACCAAGCAGACCCUCCUGGCCACUGGUGUGACUGGAAUUUUGCAAAUCACCUUUACCCUGCCCUCUGUUCUUUAUCUUGACAAGUUUGGCCGCAAGACCUUCCUCAUCGUCGGUGCCAUCGGCAUGUUCUGCUGCCACAUCGUUGUCGCCACAGUUGAGGGUAUCUAUAAGCCGAAUUGGGACAAGCACGAAGGCCUUGACAAGACACAAGGCUGGGUUGCCAUUGUUUUCAUUUGGCUGUUUGCUGUGAACUUUGCCUACUCUUGGGGUCCUGUCGCAUGGGUCUUGACCCAGGAGAUCUUCCCCAACAGUCAACGCUCCAAGGGUGUUGCUAUUGUUGCCUCAACCAAUUGGCUCUUCAACUUCAUUAUUGGAUUGACUACGAAAGAUAUGCUCAAUUCGAUGAAAUACGGCACUUACAUCUUCUUUGCCAUAUUCAGCGGUCUUGGUGGUCUUUUCAUCUGGUUCUUCGCCCCAGAAACUAAAGAUAAGACACUCGAGGAACUAGAUGUGUUCUUCGGCGGCUCUGAGGCCAGUAUUGCCGAAGCCGAUCGCCUACGCAUGCAGAGAAUCAACGAGACUCUUGGCCUUGCUGGCGUGGAGCGUCUUGAGGACCUCAAGGUUGCUGUCACCGCGGACCAGAUUGAGGUCGGAGAGUCCAAGCACUAA